AUGGAACAAUUAUCAAAAAGUGAAACGAUACGAUUAAGAAAAAUUCACAUCGGUGAAUCUUGCCAACUUUUUUAUUCAUCUGAUCCAUUGAAGAUAGUUAGAGCACGGGGUCAGUAUAUGUUUGAUGAAAAUGGCGACAAAUAUUUGGAUUGUAUCAAUAACGUUGCACAUGUUGGUCAUUGUCACCCAGAAGUUGUGAAAGAAACAUGCGACCAAAUAUCAAUAUUAAAUACGAAUAGUCGUUUUCUUCACGAUAACCUUGUUUUAUGUGCACAAAAAUUAACAUCACUUUUCCCUAGUCCUCUUUCUGUUUGUUUUUUCGUUAAUUCCGGAUCCGAGGCAAACGAUUUGGCCAUUAGACUUGCCAGAACUUACUCUAAUAAUUAUGACGUCAUCACAUUAGAUCACGCUUACCAUGGUCAUUUAACGACUUUAAUUGAUAUAUCGCCUUAUAAAUUCAGAAAAAUGGAUGUUCCCAUAAAAGAUUGGGUUCACGUGGCACCCUGUCCGGACACAUAUAGGGGUAAAUAUAGGACGGUUGAUUAUCCUGGAAUCGAUCUUGGGGAAAAAUAUGCCAAUGAUAUAAGAGAAAUUUGUUUAAAGGCUCGUUCUAAUGGACGUUCUAUAUGUGCCUUCAUAGGAGAAAGUUUACAAAGUUGCGGUGGUCAAAUAAUUCCUCCUAAAAAUUAUUUAAGAAAUGUUUAUAAACAUGUUAAAGAAGCGGGAGGAGUUUGUAUAGCUGAUGAAGUUCAAGUUGGAUUCGGUCGCGUUGGUAGUCAUUGGUGGGGUUUUCAACUUCAGGGAGAUGAUGUUAUACCAGAUAUUGUAACACUUGGAAAACCAAUGGGAAAUGGUCAUCCUGUGGCAGCUGUCGUAACGACACAAGAAAUAGCAAAUAGUUUUAAAAUAAAUGGAGUUGAAUAUUUUAACACAUAUGGCGGUAAUCCCGUUUCUUGUGCUGUCGCACUAGCAGUUAUGAACGUUAUAGAAAAAGAAAAUUUAAGAGAAAAUGCAACACAAGUCGGUGAUUAUUUAUUAAAAACAACCGAAAAACUUAUGGAAAAGCAUCAAGUUAUCGGUGACGUAAGAGGUGUAGGUUUAUUUUUAGGUAUUGAAUUAGUAAGAGAUCGUAAAACAAAAGAACCUGCAACGGAACUUGCCAAAUUUAUAUUACAGCGGAUGAAAGACAAUAAAAUCCUCGUAAGCAUCGAUGGACCGCAUUCGAACGUUAUUAAAUUAAAACCUCCGAUGAUAUUUUCCAAAGAAAAUUCGGAGCUUUUCAUCGAAACCCUUGACGAUAUAUUAACAAAUGUUAAAAGUUAA